UCUUCCACAGUUGAGCCUAUCCAAGACAAUGAUGUGGGCCUUUGUUGUGUGCGCCAUGGUGGCAGUGUCCGAGUGCCUCCUCCAGGUCCCUCUGGAGAAAGGUCAGUCCGCCAGGGAGUUCCUGGAGGAGCAGGGUAAAUGGGACGAGUACAGACUCAAGUACCCAUACAACCCCAUGGCCAAGUUUGACGAGCGCUUUGCCGUGGGUGGCGAGCCCAUGACCAACGACGCUGAUCUGGCUUACUACGGAAUCAUCUCCAUUGGAACUCCUCCUCAGUCCUUCAAGGUCGUCUUUGACUCCGGCUCGUCUAACCUGUGGGUGCCCUCCAUCUACUGCAACAGUCCAGCCUGCAAUAACCAUGCCAAGUUCAACCCUGGCACCAGCAGCACCUACAGAAACAACGGCGGCGCUCUCAGUAUCAAAUACGGCACUGGCAGCAUGACCGGUUUCCUUGGAUACGACACCGUGACGGUGGGUGGACUCCCUGUGACCAACCAGAUCUUUGGCCUGAGCGAGUCGGAGGCUCCCUUCAUGCAGUACAUGCGUGCCGAUGGUAUCCUGGGCUUGGCGUACCCACGCCUCUCAGCAUCCGGCGCCACACCCGUCUUUGACAACAUGAUGAAGGAGGACCUGGUCAACCAGGACCUCUUCUCCGUGUACCUGAGCUCCAACUCUCAGCAGGGCAGCGUGGUGACCUUCGGUGGUGUCGACCCUAACCAUUACUCUGGCUCCAUCGCCUGGAUCCCCCUGUCCAAUGAGCUGUACUGGCAGAUCACUGUGGACAGUGUGACGGUCAAUGGUCAGGUUGUGGCUUGUAAUGGCGGCUGCCAGGCGAUCGUGGACACCGGCACUUCUCUGAUUGUCGGACCUCAGAGCAGCAUCAGCAACAUCAACGCCCAAGUGGGAACCGUCAGUCAGAACGGAGACUACCUUGUCAACUGUAACAUCAUUGGCGAAAUGCCAGCUGUGGUCUUCCACAUCCACGGACAGGAAUUCACCAUUCCAGCCUCUGCCUACGUUCGUCAGUCCAAGUACUAUGGCUGCCGUACUGGCUUCGGCAACGGAGGGGACAGCCUGUGGAUCCUGGGUGAUGUCUUCAUCAGACAGUACUACUCCAUCUUCAACAGAGCCCAGAACAUGGUGGGUCUGGCCAAGGCUAGAUAAGUCGGAGGUCACCCAUCCCAAACAGCCUUUAGACAAUCACGUGCACAUCUUGUGGUGAUUGGGAAAUUUCCAACAUGCCUGAAACUGUUUUCCUUCCUUGAUCACAUGUAUUCACAUCCAAUAAAAAGAGUCAAAUCAA